GUGCAUGAUGUCAUUUUUAUACCUGAACGUAUACCGGAGUGAAAUGCUCGGUUGUAGUUCCUUCCAUGUGAUCUGUGUUUAACUUAUUUAUCUUAUCUUCCUACUCUAUUAAGUGUUGAUAAAAUUUUCGCAGUUCGACCAAUUUCAUACAGUUGAAAAUUACGUUUUCACGGUAUUACGAAUUGUGUCAAGUUUCGCGGAUAUGUCAGUAAACGCCGUUUAUAUUUGUCCAACAGACAAGAGUUUACAGUGUUCGUGGAAGGGUUCAGCGGAAGAUAUCAUGGACCAUUUCAUACAAGAGCACGAAGAUCUCUUAUUGCACAGCAGUGAAAUAGACAUCGACCUCAGGAUUAGUUCAGAAAAUAGACUCUUAUUCCUAAACGAAGAAAUCUUCUUGAUACAGCUAAAGAUCGAGAAUAAAUUCUUGAGGAUAGGCUUGAGAUACUUAGGACCAAAGAGAAUUGCAGAUUCGAUUUAUUACGAUAUCGUGAUCAAAGUGGAUGACCAAAGUUAUUUCCCGGAUUAUUUUGGAAGUGGACCGAGUAUUUUCGAGAUUACCGAUGGUUUUUGGACAAUAAAUCUGGAUUAUCUGAGAUUUCUCCACGUAGAUCUAACUUCUGUGCAGUGUAACUUCAGCAUAUCAACCAAACCAGAAUUGGCAGUGGAGGAUUUUGGAGCAGUGUCAGUCGAAAACAACGCUGAUGAUGUAGAAGUGGUAGAAGGCUCUUCAAACGAGAACACUGUGAUCGACGAUGAUGAAAUCGAUGAGAUACUGAACGAUGACUUGGAGCUUAGAUCCUCGAGGGACAAAUCCAAAGACGAGGACGCUCUGGACAACAUGAGCGCCCUAAAUUUCAGCCUCUUGGAGAGCAGCAACAGAUACUGCAGGAGAUACAGCAGUUUCAUGGGCAUCCCUGAGGAAUUGUUCUCCGAGAAAGUCAAAACGGACCUGAGUUGCGGCAACUGCUUCAUUAAUAUGCUACCCCCGAUCUACCUCUGCGUUAAUGGGCACAAUAUUUGCGCGGAAUGCAGAUACGAAUCUUGCAAAAUUUGUUACGGCACCGUGACCGAGAACCGUAACAAAGACCUGGAGGAUUACAGUAGGAAAUGCCUCCAUCUGUGCCGUUAUCACCAGGAGGGUUGCAUGGAGAGCUUCAUGUUCAACGAGAUCAGGAACCACGAGAUAAAGUGCUCCUUCUGCGUCUACAGAUGCAUGCAGGAUUGCUCAUUCAAAGGUAAAUUCGUCGAGUUUUAUUCGCACUUCAGAAUCAAGCAUCCCAGCUGCAAGGUGUUCUACGCCACCCCCGUGGAUUUCCCAAGAAAUAGCGAGUUUUUCGUCUGUGAUAAUAGGUUAGGGAUAUUUCAUUGUACGUCGGUUCUUGCCAAGAACAGCGUCAGAUGGAUCGUGGUGUUCUUAGGGCCCAGGGACAGGAAUUAUUCUUGCGAACUGACGUUCAAAGGGGAUAAAACGAAGAACGUGUUGUUCUUGAAGAGAUUGGAGGACCAGUAUUCAAUAGCGCAAAGUAAAGAGGACUUGAAGAAAAUGAAAGUGAAGGAUAAGAAUGCCGUGUUGACAAUUACCGGAUAUUUUCAGUGAACGAAGACGAUGAGUUCUUCUUUUUCAAUCAUUCGGUUAUUGGAAUGUUCGUUUUCAUUAAUGAAUGAAUGAAUCGUUGGGAUGUGAAUUCAUUCAACUUAUAUAUCAACACUGACGCAAUUUCUGAUAAAUAUUACAAUAUUAUUUUC